AUGCAUACAGUGUUGAUUGCUGUAUUUGCUACUGGGAUUGCGGUAGGAUAUUUUUCACAUUGGUGGCAAAGUGCUCGAACGCAUAAUACAGAUGAGGAAUUGUCGGAUCUAGAAAUUGAAAGUACCGAUGAAUUGGAGGAUUCUUCGUUGCCAAUUGUGGAAGAGUGCAAGAUGGUGCUGGGAGUCCGCAUGGACCUGAAGAUGGACAAAGGCAAGAUCGCGGCACAGUGUGGACAUGCGACCCUGGCAUCCUAUAAGACAGCAUUACGUAUGCAUCCAGAUUAUGUUCGGACAUGGUCGAAGCUAGGCCAAACCAAAAUCGCUAUAAAAGUUCCUGACGAAGAGCAACUUACUCAGCUGCAUGAAUCGGCACGAAGACUUGGCGUGCCCGCUUAUGUGAUUCAGGACGCUGGUCGUACUCAAGUGGCCCCGGGAAGUCGGACUGUGAUUGGCAUUGGUCCUGCUCCCAUAUCGAAAAUCGACCAGCUUACACGUUCCUUCAAACUACUUUAA